GCUUCUCUUUGCCACAAUGGAAGAUAAUGAGAAGGAAUUACAACUCCUCCCUAUAAGUAUGCCUUAUGCCACACCCUCCUACUCAUGUGCCUCACCAUGGCCAUCGGAUCUCAUGGCUUUCCGAUCAGACGACCUCCAACGUUCCUUGGAUGGUGGUGGUGCAGGUGGAGGACCUUCCCUGGACCUCCAACUGUCCAUCAGUCUCCGGCCAAUUAAGCCGCCGUUUGCGGUGGAGACGGUAAAAUGGCGAGUGGCGGAACAAAUUCAUAGCGCCGCCAUGGAGAAGGCAUACGCGGAGCGCGUGAAGGAGAUGACACGGCGGGAAAUAGAGAUGGCGCAGUCGGAAUUCGCACGUGCGAGGCACAUGUGGGAGCGGGCACGUGAGGAGGUGGAGAGAGUAGAGAAGAUGAAGGAAAGGGCCACGCGUAGGGGUGUAAAUGAGCCGAGCCGAGCCCGAACAUUCCUAAGCUCGGCUCGAACUCGUAUAAAUGUAUGUUGGCUCGAGCUCGAGCUCGGCUCGUUUCGAGCCCAAUUUCAAAGCUCGUGCUCGGCUCGUAGGAAAAAGAAGAAGCUCGAGCUCGGCUCAAGCUCGGCUCGUUUUGUUUGUCACGCGAGCCUAAAUGAGCUUAGGCUCGACUCAAGCUCGUUUAUGGUUUUUGGGCUCGUUUAAUUUUUUUAUCAUAUAUUCAAGGGAAUAAUCCAAAUUCUAACUUCAAAA